AUGUCGGCGUGUGCAUUGCUGGCUGACAUCAGCAAGGUGAUGCAGGCCAAGAAGAAACGUCUGGAGUGUCUGACAAAGAACUACAUGAAGGGAAGCCAACACAAGCUGGAGCAGCUGUGGAACAACUACCAUAGCCAGAGGCAGAAGAUGACGCAGCAGUAUUCCCAGCAGGUGUCGUCGGCGCUGCAGCAGUGGGAGACCGAAGCCCAGCGAGCCGAGGAGCAGGAGGAGAAGCUCAACAAUCUGUUCCGGCAGCAGCAGAAGGUCCUGCAGCAGGCCAGAGUCGUGCAGAACCAGAAGCUGAAGACCGUCAGAGAGCUGUACGAGCAGUUUGUCAAGGUGAAGCAUAGAACUUCCUGUUUUGGUCCAAGCGGCGGAGUUACCGUUAACGACCGGAGAAACAGGCGAAAGUUUGAUUCUCUGGUUUUUGGCUGCGUGAGUUUUGGGUCUCCGGUCUCAGGUGAUUCGAGUACCAGGUCUUUGCUGGGGGAAGAAGAGGAGAGCAUGGAGGGCAAGUUAGCGGACAGCCCGUGUUCAUCGGAGCCGGACAGCCCGGGGGUGCUGAACCGAGGCUGCCUGCUCGACUCGGACGAUGUCCCGUACCCCGAGCUGCCCGUCAUCGUCCCGGAAACCCCCAGGUACUCUGCAUCCGUGGCACUCACCGAAGAGGAGAGGAGGUGGCUGAACGGCGAUGAAGGCGGCACCUCUGCAGCUGCAGUGGAGCAGAUCAUCAUCAGCGACGAUGAUGAAGCCACCGUGCGUUCACUACAGAUGGAUGAAGACGAGGCGCUGGCCCGCAGCCUGCAGGCUCAGUUUGACCGAGAGGAGUCGGAUCUUCAUGGCAGGCACCAGCAUCAUCACCACCAUCACCUUCAUCAAGAGAGCCACCACAGGUUUUAUCCCUACGUGGAGCCUCGCUGGAUGUCUCAGGUGCUCGCGGCCGUCUCUCCUCUUGUGGGGCUGCAAGAAGACCUGAUUGGUCAGCGUAGAAGACGUGGGCAGGGCAGGAGGAGGAACGGCAUGCCCGACUUUUCAGACGACCUUCAGGGAAACGACUACGAGGUGAGGAGGACUGAUGGAGCACCUGGGAGCGGUUUAGCAAGAACUCAUGGGACACGGAGUCCUGAAAGGUGUCAGAUCUGUUUCUGCGACUACAGCGACGGCGAGAAGCUGAGGAUUCUGCCCUGUUUCCAUGACUACCACGUCCAGUGUAUCGACCGAUGGCUGAAGGAUAACACCACCUGUCCCAUCUGCAGAGCCAACCUGGCUGACGGAAACGCCCCCCCGACCUCUGACCUCUGACCUCGUUUCUACAGUUUUCUAUCGGAGCAGACGGGUUCGUGUCUCCUGAAGGACGCCUCAGACUUCUGUUUUUUAGUUUUUUAUAUUUUUAUUUAAAGCUUUGUCGGUGCUCAUGUGACCACAGGAAUAAAACAAUAAAACCUCGCA